AUAAGGCAGGACAUAAUAGCAUGUGAUCUAAUGCCAAAGGACAUCCGGCUCAUCAGGAAGAAAGACACAGGUGCUUCCCGCGGUUUCGCCUUUGUCGAGUUUUCCACACUGGUUGAGGCCGUUCGUUGGAUGGAGAAAAAACAGGGUGUUUUAAUGCUCCAAGACCAAUACCGUGCUAUUAUGCAAUAUAGCAUACCGAAGGAUUCGAAUUCCGCUGAAAAAACACCAUCCUAUAAGGCUUCAGCUGAUUGGUUUUGUAUAAAGUGUGGAGCUCAGAAUUUCAAAAGAAGGGACAAUUGUUUUAAAUGUCACGCAUCCAAAACAGAAAGUGAGGAAGGAGGUAGCGGUAGCGACGAAGUGUGCAUGUAUGCGACUAAAACCAUUAUGUUAAGGAAUUUGGACGCAUUGACAACAGAAGAGUCUGUCAUGGCUGAACUGAAGCAAAUCAUACCAGAAUUGGUGGAAACCAUUUCGGUCGUAUGUAUUGGACGGGAUCCUCUAACGUCAACUUCUAGGGGCCUCUGUUAUCUAGAAACAAGAAGCACUGUAGAUUCCUUAGCUAUAUUCGCAGGUCUUAGUAAUCACAAAACACCACUUACUAUUGAUGGAAAGUCUGUGAUAGUAUCCUACUGUAAAUAUGUUAAGGGAGACAGCAAGAGACCAUAUUCUCAAGCAGAUCAAGAUGUCUUCCCUAACGCAGCAGUUCCUAGUACUUAUUCUUUGGACGAUGUAGAUAGUUUAGCAGAAUACGCCGCUAGAAGAUAUGCAAAAUCACCACAGGAAUACAUGCACUACAUCGAAUACUAUCGAGUGUAUUUCGCCAAACAAAUUACUGAAGGACAUUCCAUUACCCUUCAGGAAAAUCAAAUGGAUGCUGUAAAUGCUGCAGCUGCCGUUGCUCAAUCAGCCAUACAGCAACUGAAUGCCACCAAAACUGGUACUAGCAGCUAUUUCGAUUCAGAGCAGUGCCCUACAGGAGUAGAUGGCAAGAAGUACCCUGUCCCUGAUACUGCCCGGUACAUAUAUGAUAAAAACACUGGUUAUCAAUACUGCCAGACUACUGGUCUCUACUAUGACCCUAGUUCGAAAUAUUACUGGAAUGCAAACAUUCAAAAGUGGCUGUACUGGGAUCAUGACAAGCAAACUUAUAGUUUGGCUCAGUCUGACGAUGCUUCCAACAAACAAUCUACAAUAGAGAAUGCUACUCAAGAACCUGAAACAAAAAAACAGAAAGUUGACAAACAAGAUAAAGUGAAAGUUGCGAAAAAGAUUGCAAAAGAUAUGGAGAGGUGGGCUAAAACGCUUAACCAGAAAAAGGAGAGCUGCAGCGUGAAAACAACUACUGAAUUUAUUGGAUAUCCUAAUAUUGCUUCAGCAGACAUAGGAUUUUCUGUCUUGGAAAAGAAAGCUUUAGCAGGACCUACUACAUCCGCUGCCGCUAGUUCUACUCCACUUGCACCUUACAUUAAGGAAGUUGAUGAUCGUUCACCUACUCUUCCGGGACCUCUUGUAGCAGCUUAUGGAGGAGAAAGUGAUUCUUCGGGUGAGGAAGAUGAUGACUUCCUAGAUUACACAAAUUUGAUUUGCAACCUCUGCAAACGUAGAUUAAACUCAGCAGAAGCUUUAACCAAACAUUCUAAGAUGUCAUCUUUACAUCUACAGAAUCUCGAAUUGCGCAACAAGAAAUCUACUAAAUUCGGUGAAACCGUGGCUGAUAAAGCUGCUUACCGUGAUCGUGCUAAAGAACGAAGAAUGAAAUUUGGAGACCCAGAUGCUCCAAAACCUAGCAAGCUCAAAGAAAAGUACUUAAAAGCACGGGAGGCGGAGAUUUCAAUGCCGUCUUCUUCCGUUUUGGAGCCGAUUGGAGCUGAGAAUGUCGGAAAUAGGUUGUUACAAAAAAUGGGAUGGACCGAAGGUCAAGGUCUAGGAAAACAAAAUCAAGGAAGGACAAGCAUCAUUCAGGCGGAGCAGCACAGUAGCACGGCAGGUUUAGGUAACAAGCUGGCAGGAUACACGGCUGUGGCAGGUGAAAGUUACAAAGACUGCGUUAAGAAGAUGAUGUACGCUCGUUACCAGGAGUUGACAGAAAAGGAACUUAACAACUAACGUUUGGUGUUUAUUUUUGAUUGUUUUUAUUUGAUUGUAUAUAUGACUUAUUUGUAAGAUCUUCAUAUUAUUUUAUAUAUCUUUAUAUAUUACAAUUGCCGAGCGCAUAGUAUUCAAUAUUUUAGCAUAGGAAUUGCUAAUUAUUUUUAUAUUUUUUGCGUUUUAUUAUAUUAUUUAUCUUU